CAUAAAUGUCAAACUUAAAAAAGAAACGUCAUUGAAGAUAUUUUGUGUGGCUUCAUAGCACCGUGAUUUAUACCUUACCAAGCAGUGCAGCUGCGCAGUGUGGUCAAUAAUGUUUAACUCCCUUUCCAUACCCACUCAAACUGUUUUCACCCCUGGUUCCCCUCCCCCAUUUACAGUUGUCAGCAGCAUCAACAUCCAAGGGGAAAAUUCAGGAAGAAAACCAAACUUCAAAGUGCAGUAUGAAAUAUUAGUUUCUCUUUGCUGUGGAUAAACAGCCAACAGUGUGAACCUCAUUGUCAGAAAAAUUAAAUCACAUCUUUCAAAUAGUUUUGUCUAGUACAGAUCUGAAAAAAAAUUCUUGUGUGAUAUAACAGUAAUGUACUUUUGUUUAUCUGAAAAUGUCUAUACAAAUAGCAUUAUUUAUGCUAACCAUAACUGGUAGUAACAUAUUUCUAACUUAAGUUAGUUUAAAAAUUUGUUUAGAGAAAAAAUAACAUUCAAAAUGUAUAGUGAACCGUUUUUCUAAGGUUAUCUAUAGACAGACAGAAAUAUCACAAAAAUUGAGUUUCUGGAACUUAAAUUUAGCUUGAACUAUGGAAAUAAAACCUCUAGUGGACAUGACAGAACUUCAGAACAUCAGAAUGCCAACCACCAUUUCUAGUGGCAACUGUGCUGGCUAUUCCAUCACUGGACUGCUCAACUCACUGUCAGCAAGUUCUGGAGGUGGAGACCCUUUGGUAUCAGCAGCAGGUCUCCUCUCCACUGGGGGACCUCUGCCUCCAUCCACCAUAGCAUCAUCUGUGUCAACACCACUCAUCACACCAUUUGCUUCACCACCAAAAUUCAAUUACAGUGAUGCUAUAUUAGGGAAUGCACCAUCAACAUCACUAGCAUUACUGUCUUCACCUGGGUCUCCCCUAAGUUUGCCAGGUCUAGGAGGAACACCUCCCACCUCUGGAAGUCCCAUCAAGAGAAAACAACGCAGAUACAGGACAACAUUUAGUAACUUUCAACUGGAAGAACUGGAAAGAGCAUUUCACAAGACUCAUUAUCCUGAUGUGUUCUUCAGGGAAGAAUUGGCCCUGAGGAUAGAUUUGACAGAAGCAAGAGUGCAGGUAUGGUUCCAGAACCGCCGUGCCAAGUGGCGCAAACAGGAGAAGCUGGCAGCAAAACACCAACAGACAGUACACAGUAAUGCCCAGUUGGUUCAAGGACUUGUUUCAAUACCAGUGUCAAGUCCAGGGAACCUAAGUUUGGAAUCACCACUGUUAUCACCAUCACAAUCACUCACUACUGCAUCAAGUACUGCUACCACUUUAACUCUUGGAAGUAGCCCUUUGGGUUCUUUCAGUCCUGGUGCAGGCGGGUCAACAGUUUCUACCUCUCCUGGAUCAGGGGGACUAUUUCUUGGUAUGGACUGGGGAGGCUUCUCCCCGUAUCACCUGCCACCUACAGGACACAAACCUCUUGACUCUGGAGAUUUGGAUGCUGACUUACUUAGAUUGAAGCCCCCCGUUUCCAGAGAGCAACACUCUCCAUCCCUACCACCACUUCUAACACCUGAAUAA